AUGGCAUACGGGGUAGAACAUGAGUUAGCUAUGCGGAUGUGGAAGCAUGUGCUACCCUUUAGACAGAUCAACCACACACAUGUGAUUGCUCGUGAGCUCGCUUUUCACAUCGAUGGUCUCACCCAGAAGACAGAGGUCACCACACUCUGCGAAAAACUUGAGACCGCUGAGGACUUUCAGGCCUUGUGCGCUGCCCUUAUUGAAAAGUCGCCAGUUCUGCUCAAUGAGUCCGAUAGCGCUGCGGAGGCCUCUAUAUACGCCAUUGUAAACCUGUGCAGCAAUGUAGAACCAGCCGAUGUCGAUCGACUCUUAUCUCGCCUGGUUUCCGUAGUAGAGGGAGGGCCCGCUGACCGUGCUACCAUCCGUGUCAAGUUGUUGGCCUUCCUUUUCAACAACAUGAAUGCAGAUAGCUCAGCUCGAUACACAUGUUACAACUCGCUUGUAAAGGUCUGUGGUGCCAGUGGCUACCUACACGCACUCGAGAGCCAAUUCGAACAGUUGCCCGAGUGGCUUGCUGAAUGGAAUUGUGACCAAUCGCAAACCCGAACCUUAUACCGCAAUAUAUUCGAGGCCUGCAAAAAGUGUGACAGCCCCGCCCAAGCAAGAAAGUUUCAGAUGAAGUUCCUACAAUCUUUCGAUAAGGAGAGUGCCGCGGAAGCUAAGGAUGUUGCUUGUGAAUACCUAGCCGACGCGAUUAGGGAUUCCCAAUGUUAUAUUUUCGACGAGGCGGUAGAGCUGGAGGCUGUCAAAGCUCUCGAGGGAGUGAGCCCCAUUUACGGCUUACUGCAAGUGUUCUUCAGCGGUGACUACAAGGCCUUUGCUGAGUUUGCAUCGAGCAAUCCUGGUGUAUUCGAAGAGUUCUCAUUGCAUAAGGAUGUAUGCGAGAAGAAAAUGAAGUUGCUCACACUCAUCUCCUUGUCGACCGACACUAACGAGGUAGAAUACAAGCAGGUCGCCGAGUCGCUUCAGGUCGAGGAGGACUUGGUCGAGUUGUGGCUGAUAGAGGCGAUGCGCAAAGAGCUUGUUACUGGAAAGCUUGAUCAGCUCAAUGAGAAGGUUAUUGUCCGCCGCGCUGUUCGAAGGACGUUCGGGCGAGAUAAUUGGGAAGUUCUAAGUGAACGAUUGGAGGCCUGGAGCACUGCCAUGGCCGAAUGCCUCGAGACUCUUCGCACUGUGCAGACUCAGAAGGACGCAGGGGGGCACAAGAGCGAUCAGCAGAGAUACAUGCGCUCCCUCUAAGUAGGUUUAAACCUUUACGCUCUGGAUGGUAUGUGGGAAGGUUUGCGAUGGCUGUUAAGCAUUACAACAUAGUGGAGAGCUGAUACCCGACAAAUCACUACGAGAUGAGCAAGAUAACGUAGUGUUGACUUAUGAAUGACCUAUAUCUGUUAGAGCCAUGAUAUCAGGUGCGUGAAGGGUCUUAAAAUACAAACCCGACCCUCGAUGCAAAAGUCGGUCAGUUUGCGCUAAAAUCGUAUACUUACGCGAUCGUUCUCUAAAGCGCAGAUCUAACAAGGUACAAACGAUCAUGUAUGGAACAAAUAAAGACCACCUAUAUUAACACCU